GCUUCCUUUAUUGGUCAUGAAUGGAAUAUAAUUCAUAUGAAAGUUGGCUUUUUACUUCAACAGGAACCAAAAUCAUAAUUAGCAAUAUCUUUAAUCUUUAAUGUUACCACUCAAGGUGCCUCCAGUCUGUAAAGGUAGCUAAACAGUUUGUGAUAGAAAUUCAUUUUUAGUCCGGAAUGUCCUCUGCAAGAAGAGUCCAGCAAUGGGUGACCUUUGGCCGUAUGUGGUAUCUAUUUGAUGCCAAGUGGCAAAAUCCAUUUGAUGCAUCCACCAAGAUUGUUAAAGUUCUUUCUGGCAGUCACAAACCCAUCUACCAUAAUGACAUUGAUUGUGGUGAUCACGUGGUUGUGAUCAACAGCGCUCAGAUUGCACUGCCAGGAGAUGAGUGGGAGAGACGUGUGUUCUACCAUCACACUGGCUAUGCUCAAGGCGCCUCAUGGACUCUUGCUCACCAGGUCCACGAGAAGGACAAAACCAUGGUUUUUCGUCGCGCCAUUUACCACGCUCUGGACACAUCACUGCUCAGACACGCGCGAAUGUGUCGGCUCCACAUUUACCCUGACGAGGAGGUACCUGAAGAGAUACUGCGAAACGUGAGUGCGCAGCUGCGACAAAUGCGGGCAGUUCCGAAAAGAUUAGACCAUUACACAGAAGACGAAGUAAAAAAUUUCCCUAAAUUAUUCGAAUGGCCUAAAGAUUAUGUGCUGGAGACGUGAUCGAUCAAAUGUGAUGCUUGUAAAUAUAAUCUUGACACUUAGUAACAACUGUAUUCGUAUAAUUUGACCUUUGACACAUUUUCUACUAUCAGUGAUUCUUCUUGUAUCGACUCGACUUGUGUCCCUUUCAAUCUCCAGAUGUUACAGAAAGGUAGAUUUACGGAGAAGAAGCCAGUAAUUCAAUAAAUUUAUUAUGUUCUAUCUGUUUACGCGGUUAAUUACACUGGGAACGGCAAUUAAGCAGCUUCUUGUGACCACAAUGGUUUGACAUUAUUUAUUUAUCUAAGCCAUGAUUGACUGACAAGCGUUAGCUCACCUGCCGACAAGCGUUUGAUGGUUCUUGCGUUGCCGAUCAAGUAACAAAUUUGUUUCGUAAAACCGUUGGAUUCUUUCUUUACAUUUGGGCUGAGGAGAUAUUGUACGCAGUUUACCGACUUAUCACUAAGGUUUCUCUUACACCUUACGAGUACGCAAGCGGAACCCGGUCCAUCGGAGCCGCUGCAGUUCAGAAGGCUCUCGUGCUUGCAUCUGCAGCAUGAAAGUCUUUGGUAAACUGAGCUCGCUUUCCCUAUACGCAGCAUCUUUUUAGUAGUUUUUUACAUUUGACCUCACGAUAUUUGUUCUGAUUAACCUGUAUUUGUAUCCGAAUAAUGAAAUAAUGUUUGGCGUA